AUGCCGUGGUUUUGGCCAUUUAAACAACAUGAUGAAAUACAUACCCCUGAUCGUUCAUCAUUAAUUGAUGGUAUUAGUGAUGAUAUAUUAUUAUUAUUGUUUUUUGUUGCCUGUUUAAUUGGCCUUUGGAUUUAUUAUUCAAGACGUCAUCGUUCUAAUACAAUUCAUCCAGAAAAUCGACAAGAUGUUGAAUUAAUACGUCAACGAAGUGAAGAACAAGGAGAUACAAAUAAUAGACCAACUUCUUCAUCGUCAGCAUCACGUGCAGGACGAUCUCGACAAGAUACAUGUCCUAUUUGUCUUAGUGAACCAACUGCAUUAACUGUCGAAACAAAUUGUGGACAUUUAUUUUGUGGUAAAUGUAUUAUUACAUUUUGGAAAUUCCAAUCUAAUUGGAUGAGUGGAUUAAAAUGUCCUGUGUGUCGACAACAAGUUACAGUACUUUUAACAUGUUUUACUGCUGAAGAACAAGCAUCAGCAGAUAGUACUGAUCGUCAAAUGGUUGUUACUAGUGUUAAAGAUUUUAAUAAACGAUUUUCUGGUGCUCCACGAACUUGGCUUGAAAUUUUUCAUGAUAUCCCGGUUUUGGUUCCUCAUCUUAUUCGCCAAAUAUUUACAGCACAAGGUCUUACAUUAGCAUAUCGUCUACGAACAAUAGUAAUAUUUAUUGGAGUAAUUUUAUAUGUUAUAUCACCAUUGGAUAUAUUACCGGAAAGUGUACUUGGUAUAUUUGGUUUAUUAGAUGAUUUUUUUAUUGUUCUUUGCACAGCACUCUAUGUUGUUGUUGCUUUUCGACAAAAUUUAGCACAUGGAUAA